AUGUUGUUCAUUGAUGGUACAUUCAUCACAAACAAGUACAUGAGUACUCUUCUAGGAGCUACUGCAAAAAUAGAAAUAAAGAAGUAUUCCCUUUUGCCUUUGCAAUUGUAUCCGGUGAAACUGUGGACAAUUGCAGGUGGUUUAUGCAAAAGAUAUCUGAAGUCUUGGUGGAUGAAGUUGUAUGCACCGACUGUUGAGGAAUAUCAAGAUACGUUGAAAAAAUUAAGAGAUGAUGGUGGUUCAGCAAUAAUUGAUAAGUUUUUGGCUGAUCUCCCUGUCCAAAAUUUUGCUAAUGCAUUUUUUCUGGGAAAGAGGUAUGGGGAGGUUAGUAAUGCCUUGUCCGAGUCGUUUAAUUCAUGGGUUAAGGAUGUGCGUAGGCUUCCAAUUUAUGAGAUGAUUGACACUAUUAGGAUCAAAAUGAUAGAGAUGAUUUCUAGGAGGAAGCUUGCAUCCGAGAAAUGGUGUAGUGUUUUGUGUCCUGUUAUUGAGGAUGAGUUGAAGAAUUUAGCUGCAAAGGGUCAUCAUUGGAGGAUAUGUCGCGCGAGUGAAUCUAUAUUUGAAGUUCAUGCUGAUUUGAGUGUUAUGCAUGCGAUUCAAGUUAUCCAACAUUCCGAGUUAUGUUUGUACAACUUUGUUGAUGAGUAUUACAAGGCAGACUUUUAUAGGGGUACUUAUGCGACCGCAAUAUUUCUCAUACCUGAUAUUGAGAAGCCUCCUCCUGAAGAUGUUUUCCUUCUACCUCCUCAUACAAGAAAGCCUCCGGGAUGA